GUGAUGGGACUCUCCAGCCAAUGGCAGGAGCCGCAGCAGCCGGUGCUAAGCGAGCCCUGCUUUGCAUAUUGGCGCGUGUACAGGUGUGCGUGGUGGGGUUUCUCAGGUAAGCUUGCAGUCCGGUGUCCUGGGCGACGUUGCCACUUUAGGGGUUAUCCCGUAUCCCAGUGUAUGUCCUGUAUUGGUACGGUUUCGUGCUGCGUUCGGGGCGGGGGGCUAUUGGGUUGUUGUUUUUAUUUUUAUUAUGCAUUUUGAGGUUUUAUAUCUUGAUUUUAUUAUGUGAACCGCCCUGAGAUCCCGGGUAUAGGGCGGUAUAAAAAAAAUCAAUAAAUCAUCAUCAUCAUCGAUAUAGUCAUGUGCUGUCUUUCCCUUUCACUGAGAUUCCCGCAUCACAAGGAGGGUUGGACUAGAUGACCCUUGGCUCCCUUUCCAUCUCUGUGAACCUGUGAUUUGGGUCUUUCCAAAGAUGAGCGUUUGAAAGGGUCAUGUGUGAAAGGUCAUGUAUUUAAGCUCUGGGUAGCCAAGCACAGGCAGAUUUACAAAUUUGUGUGUGAGAGAGGGAGGGAGUGUGACAGAUGCCUGAGGGGCCGUAUUGUGUUAGGCAGCAAUAGAUUGCAAUGGGUAGCUUUGCAGUCACUUCAGCACCACAAAAACAACUGGCACCCACAUGCCCCGCCCCAUAUUUUGCCAGAACAAUAGUGACAACCCGCGUCUACACAUGCACAGUGGGGCUGGAACUCUAAAUUAAGUGUUCAUACAAUUCUCCUAGUCUUUCCCCCUUUUUCACCUCCAAGCAGUCCAGGAGAGUGCAGAGUUUGCUAUUUCCUGACAGUCUUGCAAGGUGGGUUAGGCAGAGAGAGAGAGAGAGAGAGAGAGAGAGAGAGAGAGAGAGAGAGAGAGAGAAUGGGCAGUCUAAAAGUCACCCAGUGACCAUGAGUUUCGUGCCAGUCCAGAGUAGAAAUGCAACCUGCUUCUAGGUGCACUGAAUUUAGUGGUGGUGGCUCCCAGGUAAGUGUGUUUCGUAGCACCGCAGCUUUACUUGGCUGGCUUUGAGGAAAGGAGGGGGAGGAUGAAGCAGUGCUUCUCUGCAUGUUGGAUCGGAACAAAGCAAUCGGAACAUAUAACCCCAUCUCUGGCGCAGUUGCACUGACUACCAAUCCAUUUCUGAGCCCGAUUCUUAGUUCUGGUUUAACCAAAAUGCACCAUAUUGACCCCAGUAUCCAAUGGUACACAUCUCCUGACUCGAACAUACCCAUCUCACCUGAGACCCUUUAUCCUGGUGCUUCUCUGAGAGGUUUGGAGAAUGGCAACAAAGGACAGGGCCUUUUCGGUUGUGGCUUCACAUCUGUGAAAUGCUGAUAGUAACAUCCUUUCGGCGCCAGGUUAAAACCUACCUCUUCUCCCAUGCUUUUGUAGGAAUAUGACUACUAUGCUUACUGCUGUUUCUCUGCUAUAUAUAAUUUUAGAGGAGGGGCAUUGUUGCUUUAUUGCAAAACCUGAUGGUUUCUUAAUUGUUAUAUAACCCACCUAGAGAUGUUUUGCACUGGGUGACAAAUAAAUAGUAGCCAUAUAUUGCUUUCUUUUACUGCUUAUGGAAACCUGUAAUUCAAGAAAUAAAUUCUGCUGGGGAAAACCUUAUUUAUUAUUAUAUUAUUAUUUGUUGUUGUUGUUGUUGUUAAUUGAAUGUACAGUAUAUACCGCCCUAUACCUGGAGGUUUCAGGAUGGUUCACAGAACAAAGGGCAGUUCACAGAACAAAAUUAUUUACAAUCUUCCAUUAACUAACAACAAUAUACUGAAUUUCUGAUUGCUUUUUUGUUCUGAUUCAACUUUUUGGCAGGUUGCAAAGCACUCCACCCUGGAAUUGGUGUCUAUUCUUUUACAUUCCUUAAUAAUAAUAAUAAUAAUAAUAAUAAUAAUAAUGCUUUACCUGAUUGGACUUGGACUUGGAGAUGCCAAAGAUAUUACAGUUAAAGGCCUGGAGGUAAUAAAGCAGUGUAGCCGAGUGUACCUGGAAGCCUACACAUCAAUCCUCACUGUUGGAAAGGAAGCACUGGAGGAGUUCUAUGGCAAAGAACUGAUUCUUGCUGACAGAGAAACUGUAGAACAAGAAGCAGAUACAAUCCUGAAGGGUGCACAUCAGUGUGAUGUGGCUUUUCUUGUAGUUGGAGAUCCUUUUGGGGCGACUACACACAGUGACCUCGUCCUCCGGGCGGUGAAGUUGGGAGUGCCCUACACAGUCAUCCACAAUGCCUCCAUACUGAACGCCGUCGGCUGUUGCGGCCUCCAGCUCUACAAUUUCGGAGAAGUUGUGUCUGUCGUUUUCUGGACCGAUACGUGGAAGCCUGAGAGCUUUUAUGACAAAAUAGCCAAAAACAGAAGAAAUGGCAUGCACACCCUCUGCUUACUUGACAUUAAAGUCAAGGAACAGUCGCUGGAGAAUCUCAUGAAGGGGAAGAAGAUUUAUGAGCCACCGAGGUAUAUGAGCGUGAACCAGGCAGCCGAGCAGCUUCUCGCUAUUGUGCAAAACAGGCGGCUACAAGGCGAAGAACCAGCAGAAAUUGCAGAAAACACCGUCUGCGUAGGCUUGGCAAGAGUGGGUGCAGUGGAUCAAAAGAUUGCUUCCGGUACCCUACAGGAAAUGACUACGGUGGCAUUGGGCAAUCCUCUACACUCCUUGAUCAUAACUGGAACUUUGCAUCCGUUGGAAUUAGACAUGCUCAAGCUAUUUGCAGUUGACAAAUCCAUUUUUGAGCACAUGGCUGAAUAAAUAUUUCUUUAUGCA